CGCGCGGGGCGGGGUCGCAUGCGCGGGGUCGGGGGCGCGCGGGCCGAAGCGGACUAGGGACGCGGCGGCGGUUGGCGUUGGCUUCUGAGAGUCCAACCAGGACCGUGAGAGGCGACGGAGGAGGCACCGCGGCACCGGCAGAGGCGGCGACAGCGGUUGAGGCGGCGGUCCAACGCGUGCUCUCUGGGCGGGGUGCGGCGGGCGAUGUGUCUGCCCAGGCCGGGCGGAGUCUCUCUGACAGGGCGGGGGAUGCACGGCGGCCGCUCGCCCGGACCCUGAGGCGGCUGGGCCCACCCUCCCGGAACCGUCCGACUCUUGGGGGCCUCCGCCUCUGCUGUCUCCUCCGGUCUGACCCUGGGGCCGAGGCUGAGGCGGCUUCCGCCGAAGAGGAGGGGGCUGCCACCGCGGCGAAGCCCGAGAGGCAACCACUGUUUCCAUCUUCGUGUGUGACCUUCCUGUGAUACUUCUAGUGUAUACAGUUCUUUUGCCACGAAAAUGGUUUGCACAGUCUUGAACACGUACUAUCCAUGCUGAUGGGACAGGAUCCAAUAUGAAUAUAAAUGAUGGAGGAAGACGACGCUUUGAGGAUAAUGAACAUACAUUACGUAUAUAUCCUGGGACAAUUUCAGAAGGGACAAUCUACUGUCCAAUUCCUGCCAGAAAAAACUCCACAGCUGCUGAGGUGAUUGAAUCUCUCAUAAACAGGCUUAAUCUUGACAAAACAAAAUGUUACGUACUAGCAGAAGUAAAGGAAUUUGGUGGAGAAGAAUGGAUACUCAAUCCAACAGACUGUCCAGUUCAGCGAAUGAUGUUGUGGCCCCGAAUGGCUCUGGAAAAUCGCCUGAGUGGAGAGGACUACCGCUUUCUUCUGAGAGAAAAAAACCUUGAUGGAUCAAUCCAUUAUGGUAGUCUUCAGUCAUGGCUCCGGGUAACAGAAGAACGUCGCAGGAUGAUGGAACGGGGUUUUCUUCCACAGCCUCAACAGAAAGACUUUGAUGAUUUAUGUAGUUUACCUGAUUUGAAUGAGAAAACUCUCUUAGAAAAUCUACGAAAUCGCUUUAAGCAUGAAAAAAUUUAUACGUAUGUUGGCAGUAUUCUAAUAGUUAUUAACCCAUUCAAGUUUCUUCCUAUUUAUAACCCCAAAUAUGUCAAAAUGUAUGAUAACCACCAACUGGGAAAACUUGAGCCGCACAUUUAUGCUGUGGCUGAUGUAGCUUAUCAUGCUAUGCUUCAGCGCAAAAAGAAUCAGUGUAUUGUGAUUUCUGGAGAGAGUGGUUCCGGGAAGACUCAAAGCACAAACUUUCUUAUUCAUCACCUUACUGCUCUCAGUCAGAAAGGAUUUGCCAGUGGUGUAGAACAGAUUAUUCUUGGAGCUGGACCAGUACUUGAGGCCUUUGGAAAUGCAAAGACAGCUCAUAAUAACAAUUCAAGCCGUUUUGGCAAGUUUAUUCAAGUAAAUUACCAAGAAACAGGCACUGUACUUGGUGCCUAUGUUGAAAAAUAUCUACUGGAGAAGUCCAGACUCGUUUAUCAAGAGCAUAAUGAACGGAACUAUCAUGUAUUCUAUUACCUCCUGGCAGGAGCAAGUGAAGAAGAGAGAUUAGCAUUCCAUCUUAAACAACCAGAAGAAUAUCAUUAUCUCAAUCAGAUAACAAAGAAACCCCUCAGACAGAGCUGGGAUGAUUAUUGCUAUGACUCUGAGCCGGAUUGCUUCACAGUGGAAGGGGAAGAUUUGAGGCAUGACUUUGAACGCUUACAACUGGCUAUGGAAAUGGUAGGAUUUCUUCCCAAGACACGAAGACAGAUUUUCUCUCUUCUCUCAGCAAUACUACAUUUGGGUAAUAUCUGUUAUAAAAAGAAGACAUACCGGGAUGACUCCAUAGAUAUCUGUAAUCCUGAAAUUCUGCCUAUUGUCUCAGAAUUAUUAGAAGUUAAAGAAGAGAUGCUAUGUGAAGCAUUAGUUACAAGGAAGACUGUGACAGUGGGAGAAAAGCUUAUUUUACCAUAUAAGCUGGCAGAGGCUGUGACAGUGAGGAACUCCAUGGCUAAGUCCUUAUAUAGUGCCUUGUUUGACUGGAUAGUUUUUCGGAUUAAUCAUGCACUUUUGAAUAGUAAAGAUUUGGAGCAAAAUAUCAAGACUUUGUCCAUUGGUGUUCUUGAUAUUUUUGGAUUUGAAGAUUAUGAAAAUAACAGCUUUGAACAGUUCUGUAUUAAUUUUGCUAAUGAACGUUUACAACACUACUUUAAUCAGCAUAUCUUUAAAUUGGAGCAAGAGGAAUAUAGAACUGAAGGUAUCAGCUGGCACAAUAUAGAUUAUAUUGAUAAUACUUGUUGCAUAAAUCUUAUUAGCAAGAAGCCAACAGGACUGCUCCAUCUUUUAGAUGAAGAAAGCAACUUUCCACAGGCUACAAAUCAAACACUGCUAGACAAAUUUAAGCAUCAACAUGAGGAGAACUCUUACAUUGAAUUUCCAGCUGUGAUGGAACCUGCUUUCAUCAUAAAGCAUUAUGCCGGGAAAGUAAAAUAUGGAGUAAAGGAUUUCCGGGAAAAAAAUACAGAUCAUAUGCGCCCUGACAUUGUAGCUCUUCUGAGAAGUAGCAAGAAUGCAUUUAUCUCUGGGAUGAUUGGAAUUGAUCCCGUAGCUGUUUUCCGAUGGGCAGUUCUCCGAGCUUUUUUCAGAGCCGUGGUUGCUUUCAGGGAAGCUGGGAAAAGACACAUUCAGAGAAAAACUGGACAUGAUGAUACAACGCCAUGUGCAAUUUUGAAAAGUAUGGAUAGUUUUAGCUUUCUCCAACACCCAGUCCACCAGAGGAGCUUAGAGAUUCUGCAGAGGUGCAAGGAAGAGAAGUACAGUAUAACCCGGAAAAAUCCCAGAACACCUCUUUCUGAUCUCCAGGGCAUGAAUACUCUAAAUGAAAAAAACCAACAUGAUACAUUUGAUUUUUCCUGGAACGGCAGAACUGGGAUUCGCCAGAGCAGACUAUCAAGUAGCACCUCCUUGCUUGAUAAAGAUGGGAUAUUCUCUAAUUCAGCUAGCAGCAAACUCUUGGAGAGAGCCCAUGGAAUUCUCACGAGAAACAAAAACUUCAAAUCCAAACCUGGCCUUCCAAAGCACUUACUAGAGGUAAAUUCUUUAAAACACCUAACAAGACUGACCUUACAGGAUCGAAUUACCAAGUCUCUUCUUCAUUUGCACAAGAAGAAGAAACCUCCCAGCAUCAGUGCCCAGUUUCAGGCCUCAUUAAGCAAGCUGAUGGAGACACUUGGUCAAGCAGAACCUUAUUUUGUAAAAUGCAUUCGCUCUAAUGCUGAAAAGCUGCCGUUAAGGUUCAAUGAUGCCUUGGUACUUAGACAGCUUCGGUACACUGGGAUGCUGGAGACAGUUCGGAUUCGCCAGUCAGGAUACAGCUGCAAAUAUUCUUUCCAGGAUUUUGUGAGCCACUUCCAUGUACUUCUUCCCCGAAAUAUUAUUCCGUCCAAAUUUAACAUUCAGGAUUUCUUCAGGAAAAUAAAUCUUAAUCCAGAUAAUUAUCAAGUUGGAAAAUCCAUGGUGUUCCUAAAGGAGCAGGAACGACAGCACCUGCAAGAUCUGCUUCACCAAGAGGUGCUCCGUAGAAUCAUAGUGUUACAGCGAUGGUUCAGGGCCUUGCUGUGUAGGCAGCGUUUUCUCCAUCUGAGACAGGCCUCCAUUAUUAUCCAGCGAUUCUGGAGAAAUUACCUAAAUCAGAAGCAAGUCAGAGAUGCAGCUGUACAGAAGGAUGCUGUAGUUAUGGCUAGUGCAGCCACUCUUAUCCAAGCUUCCUGGCGUGCUCACUUAGAGAGGCAGCGGUAUUUGGAGCUACGGACUGCAGCUGUCAUCAUCCAGCAGAGAUGGAGGGAGCUCUAUAGGCGGAGGCACAUGGCUGCCAUCUGCAUACAGGCAAGAUGGAAAGGCUACAGGGAAAGUAAGAGGUAUCAAGAACAAAGAAACAAAAUUAUCCUUUUGCAGUCAAUAUGUAGAGGAUUCAGAGCAAGACAAAGAUUUAAAGCUUUAAGAGAACGAAGACUAAAAGAAACAAGACUAGAACUUGGAUCAUCAAGUAUUGAGCCAUAUGGAGCUCUGGAAAUUCAGGGUUCAGACCCUUCAGAAUGGGAAGAUCGUUCCUUUGACAACAGAGUAAAAGCCAUAGAGGAAGGUAAAUCUGUGAUAGAGAGUAAUCGAAUUAGCCAUGAAAGUUCAAUGGACUACUUGAAGGAGUCCCCAAACAAGCGACAGGAGAGAGCCAGAAGCCAAAGUGGUGUGGACUUGCAGGAAGAUGUGAUUGUAAGAGAGAGACCCAAGUCCUUGGAAGAUCUCCACCAGAAAAAAGUAGGUCGAGCUAAAAGAGAAAGUCGGAGAAUGAGAGAACUCGAGCAAGCUAUAUUUAGUUUAGAAUUACUGAAAGUACGUUCUCUUGGUGGUAUGUCUCCUUCAGAGGAACGAAGAUGGUCUACAGAACUGAUGCCUGAGGGCUUUCAGUCUCUACAGGGUACACCUGAUAGUGGAAGCUCUCAAGGAAGCUUGGAACUUCUGAGCUGUGAAGAAAGCCAAAAGAGCAAACUAGAGCCCAUAAUUUUAGAUGAAGGAGAUUUUCAGAUUCCAUCACCUAAAAGAUCUAGCAGUCCAAAAUUUGAAUCACAAGACAAUGCCCUCAGUGCCUCAAGUGAGACUAACUAUACGUUGAUUCAAAAGGGGGCACCCUCUGACUCAGUGCAUUUGAAGAAUGGGACAGUCAAGGAAAAACUAGGUUGCGGUUCUGAACCUAUUACCUGUAAGCCGCAACUGAGAGACUCCUUUAUUUCAAAUAGUCUGCCUACAUUUUUUUAUAUUCCCCCACAAGACCCACUGAAAACAAUUUCCCAACUAGACACAAGUAUCCAGAGAAACAAACUAUUGGAAAGUGAAGAAACACUUCCAGCUCUUACUUUGGAUAUCAGUAGGGAAGCCAGAAAGUACCACUUCUCAGAAGCAAACCAAGUUGUUGCUUAUUUGAAUACAGAUUCUUCUAAUACUGUGCUUAAGAAGUUAGAAAAGCUAAACACAGAGAAGGAAGAAAGGCAAAAGCAGUUGCAGCAGCAGAAUGAAAAAGAAAUGAUGGAACAGAUUCGCCAGCAAACAGAUAUUUUAGAGAAGGAGCGUAAAGCCUUCAAGACAAUUGAAAAGCCAAGAAUUGGAGAGUGUUCUCUGGCACCAUCUUUCCAUCAAUCAAAGCGAAGAAUAGAGAGGCCAUCCUCUCUCCUCAUCCUGAAUACCCCAAAUAAGGAAGAACCCAGUGUACUAGGGCCUCUAUCAGUAUCUGUGAAAGAUGCAGCUCUUGCCCCAAAAGACAGUCCCUCUGCUCACUUACCCCUGAAGGACCCACAUGUCACCCUGUUCUUUGAAAGAAAAGGAGGCCCAUGCCAGUCUAGUACUGUCAAGGAGUUAUCCAAGACAGACAGAAUGUCCACCCAGCAAAAUAUAGCCUGUAAACUCUCUAAUAAUCGCAUCUCAAAAAGAGAACACCUUAGGCCUACUCAGUAUUAUAGCCACAAAUCUGAUGACCCUUCUGGAGAUGGAGCUACUAGGGCCAUAUUCUUCACGCCAAAGGACAAUAUGAGUAUUUCCCUUGUCGACAAGGAAGCCUUAAACAGUGGAAAUCCUCAACUCCAUAAACAAGAUGAACCAGCUUGGAAACCUGUGAAGUUAACUGGGCCGGGCCAAAGAGAGCAGGUUGCCAGACCGGCCCAUAAAAAGAAAGCUCGAAUGGCGCGGACGCGCUCCGAUUUCUUGACUAGAGGUACUUUUGCCGAUGGGGAGGGGGAUACAGAGGAAGAUGAUUACGAUGACAUUAUUGAGCCCCUUCUCUCCCUUGACCAAGCUUCUCACUCUGAGCUAGGGCCUACACCCAGCCUGGGUCAGGCCUCUCACAGUGACUCCGAAAUGACAUCACAGCGAUUUUCUUCGGUUGAUGAAGAAGCAAAGCUUCAUAAGACUAUGUCUCAAGGAGAGAUUACAAAGUUGGCAGUGAGACAGAAGGCUUCAGAUUUGGAUAUAAGACCUCAGAGAGCUAAGAUGAGAUUCUGGGCCAAAGGGAAACAAGGGGAGAAGAAGACUACUAGAGUGAAACCUGCCACCCAGUCGGAGGUUUUGGCACUCUUUGCUGGCUCAGAGAUGAUUCCAGCUCAUCAGUUUCCAGAGGAAUUAGCUCAGUAUCACCCAACUCCUCCUUUGAGUCCAGAAUUGCCUGGAAGUUGCCGGAAGGAGUUCAAAGAGAAUAAAGAGCCUUCUCCAAAGGCAAAGCGCAAGCGAAGUGUGAAGAUCAGCAGCGUGGCUUUGGAGUCUAUGCAAUGGCAAAAUGACUCUGUUCAGAUCAUAGCAAGUGCCAGUGAUUUAAAAAGCAUGGAUGAGUUUCUUCUGAAAAAGAUGAAUGACCUAGAUAAUGAAGACAGCAAGAAAGACACACUAGUAGAUGUUGUGUUUAAAAAAGCCCUAAAAGAAUUUCGGCAGAAUAUCUUCAGCUUUUAUUCAUCUGCGUUGGCGAUAGAUGAUGGGAAAAGCAUACGGUAUAAAGAUCUCUACGCACUAUUUGAACAGAUUCUGGAAAAGACCAUGAGGCUUGAGCAGCGUGAUUGGAAUGAAUCUCCAGUCAGAGUUUGGGUCAACACUUUUAAAGUGUUUUUAGAUGAAUAUAUGAAUGAAUUCAAGACUUUGGAUUGUAUACCCACAAAGGUGCCAAAAACAGAAAGAAAGAAAAGAAGGAAAAAAGAAACUGAUUUAGUGGAAGAGCACAAUGGUCACAUCUUUAAGGCCACCCAAUAUAGCAUCCCUACAUACUGUGAGUACUGUUCUUCUUUGAUAUGGAUAAUGGACCGAGCCUCUGUUUGCAAAUUAUGCAAGUAUGCUUGCCAUAAGAAGUGCUGUCUGAAAACCACAGCCAAGUGCUCUAAAAAGUAUGAUCCAGAGCUAUCAUCUCGACAGUUUGGGGUUGAACUGUCUCGUUUGACCAGUGAAGACCGAACUGUUCCUUUAGUGGUGGAAAAGCUCAUAAACUACAUUGAAAUGCAUGGACUGUACACAGAAGGUAUUUACCGAAAGUCUGGUUCAACUAAUAAAAUCAAGGAGCUUCGUCAAGGUCUAGAUACAGAUGCUGAGAGCGUAAACCUAGAUGACUAUAACAUACAUGUCAUUGCAAGUGUAUUCAAACAAUGGCUUCGGGAUUUGCCCAAUCCACUCAUGACCUUUGAACUCUAUGAGGAAUUUCUUCGAGCUAUGGGCCUUCAGGAGAGGAAAGAGACAAUCCGUGGUGUAUACUCUGUGAUUGACCAGCUCUCCCGAACUCAUCUCAAUACACUGGAACGCCUCAUCUUUCAUUUAGUCAGGAUUGCUCUACAGGAAGAUAGUAAUCGAAUGUCUGCUAAUGCUUUAGCCAUUGUGUUUGCGCCCUGCAUUCUCCGCUGCCCUGACACCAUUGACCCGCUACAAAGUGUGCAGGACAUCAGUAAGACUACCACCUGUGUGGAGCUAAUUGUUGUGGAACAAAUGAAUAAAUAUAAGGCUCGUCUCAAAGACAUCAGUAGCCUGGAAUUUGCUGAGAAUAAGGCAAAGACCAGGCUAUCACUGAUUCGUAGAUCAAUGAAACCUGUACUAAUUGCAGUUAGAUUUAUGAGCAUUACCCGCAAUUCAGUCUCGGGAAAGGGGCGUCUUCAUCGAGGAAACUAUCCAAGUCCAUCCUCUCCUGUUGUAGUCCGAUUGCCCUCCAUGUCUGAUGUCCCAGAAGAGACCUUGACUAGUGAGGCAGUCUUGGAGACUGACAUCACAGAGCAGCAGCAAGCGGCUAUGCAGCAGGAAGAGAGAGUACUGACUGAGCAGAUUGAGAACCUACAGAAAGAGAAAGAGGAGCUAACAUUUGAAAUGCUUGUACUGGAACCACGUGCCUCUGAUGAUGAAACCCUUGAGUCUGAGGCCUCUAUUGGAACUGCCGAUAGCUCAGAAAAUUUGAAUAUUGAGUCUGAAGGUGCCAUUUCUGAAAAAUCAGAGAGAAGCUUAGCCCUUAGUUCUCUGAAGGCAGCUGGCAAGUCUGAACCUUCAGGCAAGUUGCGAAAACAGCUAAAAAAGCAGCAGGACUCUUUGGAUUCAGUGGACUCUUCAGUCUCUUCUUUAUGUUCGUCUAACACUGCAUCCUCCCAUGGGACCAGAAAACGAUUUCAAAUUUAUUCCAAAUCUCCAUUCUACCGAGCUGCCUCAGCUGGUGAGGCCCCAGGAAUGGAAGGGCUGUUGGGCCAGACCAAAUCCCUGGAAGACAGGCCUCAAUUCAUCAGCAGAGGAACCUUCAACCCUGAAAAGGGCAAACAAAAAUUAAAGAAUGUGAAAAACUCACCUCAGAAAACCAAAGAGACCUCAGAGGGGACAGUCGUGUCUGGCCACAGGAGAACUGUGGACCCAGACUGCAGUUCCACCCAACAGCUAGCUCUCUUUGGAAAUAAUGAGUUUAUGGUCUGAACUAGCAGGUGUGUGUCCCUGCAUGGCUACAGAGUGGUAAACACAUCUCGUCUUUGGGGCGUCUUCUCAUCACCUCAUCGCAGUAGUCCAUCCUAAUUGUGGUCCUGCCUCUUACCCAAGCAUACAACCAAGACCAUGUGUGCUGAAUUCCUGGGCCUCCUGCAGAAGUGGACAGGCCUCUUUGAAGCCUGCUUGGGAUGGCACCAGCUGUGCCUUGGCUGCUGUAUUUGACUAGAGAUUUCACUAAACAAAGCCACCUAGGACCUGGGGAUCUGGGUCAGUUGUGGAGGUCUUUGUAGUCGCCUCUCCUCCAUCCUCUUUUCCCUUCUUAGAGGUGGAUGUUGAACUAGGGGGGACAUUGUGGGCCUGCAGGACCCACUGAUUUCUGGCAUUUGAAGAAAACAUGUAAAUCUUUCUUAACCAUGAAAGCAAAAGCCUUUGGGUUUAUUUGGGGAUAGUUAGGAACUGAGGUAGAAUAUAAUUUUUUCCGAGGAUUUAUAAACAAAAAGCCUAAGCCCUCUAUUUUAAGAUUUUUGAAAAACACUCCGUAUUAUAUUCUGGGGAAAGUAAAAAAGCAGUUGUUUCCCUUAAGCCAUCAGAGCAUGUCUCAGACAUCUGGUUACUCAAUGAAGAAGAGAGUACAUAUUUUGUUUUUUGAUGAUGUUUAAUGUCAUAAUAAUCAAUGCUGGUUUAACUCCUGGUUAGUUCCUGCCAAAUAUAUUGCAUAGGCUGAAGUUUCAGUAGCCAUUCUCUUCUCUUUUUCCCUGGUCCUAGGACCAGGUUCCUCUAAAUUUUUUUAAAUGUCCCAGAGACAUGGUGAUCCCUAAACAUGAGGGUUUCAUCCUAAUCCAUCCAGGCCUUUCUCUUGGUAUAAAUUAAACUGAAGAUCACAUAUGAACCUGUUUAUCUGCUGGUGGAUUUUCACCAUGAACUCAAACAAAUAAUGUGACCAUUUAAUCACUUCUCCCAAAACAUUCACAUACAACAUUGCAUAAGUGUUACAGAAACCUGCCAAAAAAUAAAAAGAGAAAAGUUUUUAGUAUGACGCAUCUAACUUUUAUCUUCUCCUCAGACUAUCAGUAUUAAAUAGAUGAAAAAAAAAUCGAGGACUACUUGAAGCUAUUUUUGUUAAUAUUCUGGUUCCUGAAGUUUACUGUAAAUAUUUAUGUAUAGUAGGCAUAUUUCUUUUUAACCUUAUGCUUCCCUCCUCCCCAUGGAAUCUUUUCCCACAGAUUAGGAGCUAUUGGACAGGGUGGGUGAGAGCCACUCAUUCCCUGAUUUGGAGGAAAAGUCAGACCACCUUUUUCACCACUGGGUGUCUCCAUACCCCUGAGUUAGAAUAGCAUUUUAAGCUUCUUAGCAUUUGUGGGAUUAGAAACCUGUUUUUGCUAUUUAUAAUAUAUGGAAAAUGAAACAUGAUACCCUUUAUUGAGAUAAGUAUGUGAAGAUGUUUAUUUUUAAUGUUACUAAAUGCAUCUUGUCUAACUACCACAUGCACUGUUCUAAAAAAGAGCCUUUACCAUCUGUAACCUGAAUUUUGGUUAUUCUUCCUUUUCAUACUUAUUUGAUUUAAAGUUAUGGAAAUAUUAAGACUUUUGUUAAGGCAGAAUCUCUCCUGUUACACAACACUGAACCUCAUGCCACUGCCUCAGUGGUUAUUGUCGAGCCCCAGAGGUCAGACUUGGAACAUCAUUCUGAGUGGCAGCUAAACGUAGCAGGAGUCUUACCUCUCCCUGGUUUGGGUUCAGAAAUGAGUUAGGGAAAGGAAUCUUUUUAAAUCUCCAGAAUGAUGAUGGUUAGUGAGUAAAUGUUAGAUUUUAUAUCCUGCAAACAUCUGCCACCUUGUUCAUGCUGUGCUCAGGAGUAAUAAAUGUAAAGCCUUUAAAAAUCUGAAUUUCAGAGACUCUCCUAGAGGAAAGUCCAGCCGCUCAGCUUGGUUGUGUCAAAGUGGGAUUGCUGGUGCUGCAGGGCCCCAUGCUAGGCUGCACAGUCUGUUUCAGUAUUCUUGGGAGAGUAGUCUUCUGCUAGGCGUUGACUACUACUCUCCACUUGCUCCAGAACAUUGGUUAAAUACUAUACAAAAAAAGAAAUUACCCUUGUUGAAUAAUUUUCUUUGGCUCAGAGGAAUGGCGGAGAAUACAUCUUGACAUAUGUUCUCUCUUCUAAAUCGUUGUUUGCUUUUUUGCAAAUUAAGUUUUUGGCAGUCAUGUAGGUCACCUUAUAGGAAGUAGGUGAUGGAUGUUAAGAGACUUUAAUUUUUCUCAGGGAUCUGAAACCUGAAUUUGGAUAAAAUUAAAUAAAAAGUAUUUGUUUUUCAGUUGCUAGAUUUGUGGAUUUCUGGUCAUUUAACAAGCUGCCAGAAUGGAAGGUGGUGGGGAGGAGAGAUCCACUCAAUUUUAAGAAUGGAGAGCAAGUGUGGGACCCUCCCUUUGAAGGAAAGAAAGCUGCUGUUCUCAUAGGAUAACAGUCAUUGUUGGCCUGAUAAAGAUAUGAAGCCAUAACUCUUAAAAACUGUCAGAACCAAGUGCUGUAUCUCCUUCCACCUGAGCUUAACUGGUCCUCUCUGUGGUUAAAGUUAUGUCACCACAAAGUAAUGCUGUAUUACAAUCACUUAUGAUUAAGAUAUUUAACCUUAAUAUGUGUCAAGUUUGUGUUUCUUGUUGCUUCUCCUUUGCUUGUUUUCUUUGAUCUCAAAUGCCUCCAAGGAAAUCCCUGCAUGGCAGCGCUGGGACAGCCCCACGUGUGGUGCCUGUACUCCAAAAUGCAGAACAUUCUGUUCAUAUCACACAUUCCUUGCCCCAAACAAAGCCUGGAUUUUCACUUCCCCCCAUUAAAGCCAAGGUGUCCCUUAUCAUGGAAAAUUUAAUGGAAGCAGAGAAGUGUAAUUUUAGGUUCACACUGUAUAUCACAAAGUGAAACAGACUGCUUUAACAGCAUAGGGAGGUGACAUGCUUAGUUCAUAAUGCACUUUGUACUUCCUACCAUUUUAAUUUUUUUGUCUCUCUCGGCUUCUGAAAACACAAAGGGAGAUACAGCCUUCCCUAUGAGCCUUGCAAACACAGAGGGGCAUGAGAUCAGGAGAUGGGAUCCCAGAGCCCCCACCUUCUCAUGCUUUGGAAACCAGCUAUAGUUCUUACCCUGCUGGGAGGUUAGUGGAGAUUUGUGUGUCCCAUCACAAUAGGGUUGUUUUCACUGUCAAAGACAGAGUCCCAGAAGCGUGCUGAAAAGGAAGUCCAGCAAGGUUCUGCAGGCCCACUUCAGUAACUGGGGGCCAUGGUUUUUUGACUGUAACUAAGGAAUGUGUACCUUACAGAGCACUUUGGUGAACUAGAGAGAAGAAAGUAUUCUCAGGAUGUGUUCAAAGCUAAGUGAGUUUUAAUUUUGAAAAGAAACACAGUCCAGACGACCUUUCCUUUUCCUUCUCUCUCUCCUCUUUUUUUUCCUUUGGUGCAGAAGUGGACAUGGGGCGUGCAUCAUUCUGUGUUGACAAAUGUGUAUGUCUACCCAUAUUUUUGUGACAACUCCUCAGCACUGUCCCCCAGUACUAGUCUUCCUAGUCUUCCUAGUAAAAUUCCUUGGUACUUGUGGGAAUCUUCUUUCUAUGCCUCUAAAAUACUUUUAACCACUUUUCUUUGGAACCACUUCCACAUUUGAUUUGGUGUUAAAGUGUAACAGCAAGAUGAUGAUUGUGGACAUGGAUCUAUUAGGUCUUGUUGGUCUCUUGGUUUAAAUUGUUUUCAAAAAGCCUGCCAAGGGGCCUAUCACCUUGCUGUCCAUCCAUACUUUAUACCUAUUUAUCAGCCCUCUUAGGUCAUAUAAGAGUUGCACCUUUUGAACCAACUAAUUGUAUUUACUGGGGGAAAGGUGUGGACUACAGAUUAGUAUUAUAUUAUUUUAAUGGAUUUAAAGUAAUUUAUAAGUAUGCCAAGUGUAAAUUUUUAAAAGACUAUGUAUUGUAAAAGGACAUAUCCUAUGAAAUAUAAAUAUCAUUUUACUGUUUAACAGAAUAAUUCUAUAAGAAGGAUGAUUUAUCUCACCCAUAGAACUGAUUACAUUCCUGAUGCAAUCAGCAGGCACUUUGUAAUUUCCUUUUGGGUCUUUUUUUUGGAGGGGGAGAGCAAAACAUCAUCUGUAUAAAGUGCAGUUUGUAUCACUCAAAAUAUGCACUGUGCAGCUACACAAAAGCAGCUUGAUGAACAAAUCACUCCAUGGCUCAUUAAAGAACAAAGCUUCCAGAAGCA